CAGUGUACGCAUGCGCAUGCCAGGAAGAGUGGUUAUGUUUGCUAACCUAGCUGCUGUGUUGUUCACAGAGCCACACAUGGACAAAAUACCACUGCUAAGUACAAAGCCACAUUGACGUCUCGUCCAUGUAAGGUCGCCAAUGUCUUGAACAUGGCAGAGGUUGUUCGGACAGCAGCUUUAGUUUUAUACCUGUGGAGUGUUUUCAUGCAGUUCAGUUGCAUGUCAGGUCUUGGGAUCAAUGAACUACUGUAUUUCCGGGUCAUCAGUCCAGAGGAGAUAGGGUACAUCUUCAGUGCAGCACCUGCUAAAGACUUUGGAGGAGAUUUUACAUCAUCUUAUGAUGAGAUUUUCCUGGUUCCAGCAGACCCAGCAGACGGCUGCUCAGACUUGAAGAACACAGAAAUCAUUCAGGGACAAGUAAUCCUGGUGGAAAGGGGAGGUUGCUCCUUUGUACAAAAGGCCCGACACGUGGAGGAAGCAGGAGGCACAGCUGUUCUGAUUGCAGACAAUGCAGUGGACAAUGACAGUCAAUAUCUCGAUAUGAUCACUGAUGGAACCACUGCUAAACCAAGCAUACCUGCUUUAUUUCUGCUGGGACGUGAUGGGAUGAUGAUCAGACGAACUCUUCAGAGACAAGCGCUGCCGUGGGCUGUCAUUUCUAUUCCUGUCAAUGUUUCCUCUUUGGCCUCAUUCCCUCUCAAGCAACCGCCAUGGACACUGUGGUAGAAGUGACGCACACCCACAACUUCACCCACAUCCAUUUAGUCAACAUCCUUUCAUCAGUGCACAUUCUGUCAGCAGUGAAUAAACUCACAGAGAACCUCUUUGGUGGUGGUUAACAAAUUCAUGGCACAAGUGGUGAACCUAUAAAAUAUAACAGCAUGAUUAGUUCACACUUACACACACAGCCAAAGGCAUGUGGAGCACAUCUCUUUGUUGGAACUGUUGUACCAGGUAAAGACAGACGAACAAGAAACGUGCAUGCUUGAACAGGUUUGAAUAAUCAGCCAGUGGUAAUGGGUGUGAGCGUGUCUUCCAGUAGAGCAGUUUCCAGGAGCUUUUGUUCAGAUGAUCUGUUGGUCGCUAGUGAGUUGUGAAAUUGGAAAAUUUGGAAUGAAUUAAUACAACAUGUACAGAUUGAAACACACACAAUAGUAUAAGUCGUUGCUUAGGCCACUAUGGAAAAGAAACAGAAAAUAAAAAAACAGGCCAUGACACCACAUGCUAUACUUCACAUCACCUUCAGACAAGACUUCACUACUACACAUAAUACUGAGAAUGUCUCACUGUAAAAGUGUAAAUACAUUCCUGUUUAUCUGCAUGGAUUUAAACAACUCUGGAAACUUUUUCCAUAACAGACUUAUGAUUUAUUGCCUUCCUAAGGUACACUUUUGUAAAACAUAAAAGGGUACACAUGCAUUUUUGUGUGCUUGUAGCCCAAUCACCCAUACUACUGUAGUAGUACAAUCAGUUGGUAAUGAUAAAGAAAAAG